AUGGCGUCCAUACGACCUCAGACAUGUUCACAGGUCUCCUCCAGUCUUCCAAACAACCAAGCAAAGACAUGCGACAUUGAAAAGCAAAGUCAAACAUCUUCCCCAGAUGAGCCACCAAAGAAACACUCGAUGUUUUCAAGUCUCGGUAUUCUCGAUCGGUUCUUGGCAAUAUGGAUUUUUCUUGCCAUGGCCAUCGGAAUCAUUCUAGGCAACUUUGUCCCAAGCACAGGUCCAGCCCUACAAAAGGGAAAAUUUGUGGGAGUGUCUGUUCCAAUUGCUGUGGGUCUUCUCGUCAUGAUGUACCCUAUCCUGUGCAAGAUUCGAUUCGAAUCCUUGCAUCAUGUUUUCAGAGAGAAGACUAUUUGGAUCCAGAUGGCUUUCAGCAUUCUUCUCAAUUGGAUUAUCGCCCCUUUUCUUAUGCUGGCCUUGGCUUGGGCGUUUUUGCCCGAUGAGCCAGAAUUGCGACAGGGACUCAUCAUUGUUGGGUUAGCACGAUGCAUUGCUAUGGUAUUGGUUUGGACAGGACUAGCCGGAGGGGAUAACGAAUAUUGUGCCAUCCUCGUCGCUCUUAACUCGGUGCUACAGAUGGUUCUUUUCGCUCCAAUGGGGGUGUUCUUUAUCAGCGUCAUCAGCGGCGACCCAGUCACAUUCGAAUAUUCAACAGCCGCUCAAAGUGUUGCGGUGUUCCUCGGAAUACCCCUAGGGGCCGCAAUCGUCACGCGUUUCGUACUCCGACGAAUUUCCCCGAAAUGGUACGAUGAAACGUUUCUUAAAUGGCUCAGCCCAUGGUCUCUCAUCGGCCUUCUGUUUACAAUCCUUGUGUUAUUCGCCUCGCAAGGCCGCCAUGUGGUUCAGCAAAUCGUCUCCGUGGUCCGAGUCGCUGCACCACUCAUCGUUUAUUUCCUGAUUAUUUUCUUUGCGACUCUCCUUGUGGCAUACAAAUUAGGAUUUGGCUACAAGCUAGCGGCGGUGCAAAGCUUUACGGCUGCUAGCAACAAUUUCGAAUUGGCAAUUGCUGUUGCAGUGGCGAUGUUUGGCGCAGAUAGCAACCAGGCUCUUGCUGCGACUGUUGGGCCUCUUAUAGAGGUUCCUGUGCUGUUGGGUCUGGUCUAUGCUGUCAAAUGGAUAGCCAGACGAGUUGGCUGGGAUGAUUAA